AUUGGUUUUAACCAGGCAGGUAAUAAAGUACCUACCAUUAAAUAGCAAAUUAUUUCUUAUCAAAGACCACUUUUGUUAAGUGUGAGGGUAAUUAAAAUUACCAAAAGCGUUGGUUUUUUUAAUUAGACAUCUAUGUUCCAACUAUGAUUAGGCUAACGCUGUUAGCACUUAUGGUCGUAACGUCUUUGGCGCACAGUCUUUUAGAUUCAGAAACUACCUCCGAUGAAUACGCUGACGAUGAUCCGUUAUCUAAAAAAGGAGUAUUCCCUUUUUUAUUGAGUCUAUUAAAUUGGAACAAGCAUUCGUUACCAAAAGACUGGUCUAUUGAAUCAGACCACAGUGAGAAACCAUAUUCUCAUAAUCUAAGAAGCCUUUAUGAUAUAGAAGAUGGCUUGGACUCGGAGCAUCAUGGAUCAGAUGAUCAGGAUCAAGAAGCUGAAGCAGAACCAUCGCACUUAAAUCUAAGGCAGAGUUUAACGUUGUGGGAAAUCGUUGAGCGGAAGAUCAAAAACAUAUUAACAAGGCGACGUGGCCAGAGGACGACUUUGAAAGACAGGAGCACGCACACAGCGGCUGUGAUGUCCUCUGUGCUGGGCCUGGCCGCUAAACUCCUGGAAACUUGCUCGACUAUUGAGUACGUGAAGUCAUACCGAGGUACCGUCGCAUCGAACCUCCUACAAGCUUAUGCUAACCCGGCAGAGACAACCAACACACUGUUAGACCUGCUCGAGAAAAUAAAGAAAUCAAUCGCAAAUGCACGCACGUUGAUACAAAGAAAACUGUUACCGUGUAAACAAACAGAUUACAAAUGCCCGUCAUCACCGCUGCUACUCCGACAACAAGAGCUGAUUCGAGCACUCGGCAGCUUCGCCAGGACCUAUCUAGCUUCAAUAUCACUGCAGAAAGCAAUCAACAGUUACGACGAAGUAGCCUACCUGCUGAAUGGUGAAAAAGAUCAGGCGUUAUACGUUCUUACGGUUAAAUCUGCGCGUGUCCUGAAGUUAAUGUCAAAUAGUUACACCUGUGAGUUGCCCUUGGAAUCAAAGUUACCACGGCUGACGUAUGACGAUAGUUCUGAAAACGUGAAUCAUGUAACGCUAAAACACAGGUAUCCUAUCCUGAUUGGAUAAAAUCCGGUUUAUCGUAUGUGUUUUGAGCAAUUUCUGAUAAUAAAGUUUGGAAAAUACA